AUGUCAGCGAACGAUCGAUUAACUCGGAGUUUACCUCAUUUGCAAAACUUAAUCAAACGAGAUCCCGAUGCUUAUCGAGAAGACUUCAAACUACAAUAUCUCCAUUUCGAAAGUCAAUUUAAGGAAUUAGCGGCUAAACCCGAUGCAUGGAACAAGUCUUUAGCAGAUAACAUCUCCUUUGUUUCACAAGUCGCUCAUUGUUAUCGAGAAGAAUGCAAAGAAUUAUCACAAAUGUUUAUGGAUGCUCUCCGACUUUAUUCGACUGUCCUUCACAACGAUAUUCGACUCGUAAUCGUUCGCGCAUUGAUCUUGAUGCGUAACCGUGGUUUAAUUGAAUGUCUUCAAUUAUGUGAAUUGUUCUUUCUCCGUUUAUUACAAUGUCAAGAUCGUCUUCUACGUGUUACAAUUCAAUCACACAUUAUCAACGAUAUAAAAAAACAAAAUGAAAAGCACAAAAAUCACAAAUUAAACAGUACAUUACAAAAUUUUAUGUGUACUAUCAUCAAAGAAAGUAAUGCAACUGCUGUGAAAAUGGCUCUCGAUAUUAUGGUUGAUUUGUAUCGCAAGAAUAUUUGGAAUGAUACGAAAACAGUUAAUAUCAUCGCUUCGACAUGUUUCUCGAAAAUAACUAAAGUUCAAGUAGCAGCGUUGAACUUUUUUCUCGGCAACAAUCAGAGUAAAGAUGAUGAUAAAGAUUCUGACUCCGAUGAUGAUAAUUUAACAAGAAAAGAUAUUUUACUUGGUCAUCGUGUUGGAAAGAAGUCAGCUAAGCGACAGAAGAAAACCGAACGAGCGUUGAAAGCACUUGAAAAACAAAAAAAGAAAAAGAAGGUUGAAGUGUAUGAUUUCUCUGCACUUCAUCUCUUUUACGAUGCGCAAGAUUUCGCCGAACGUCUGUUUCGUCAGUUAGAAUCUUCGAAUGAACGUUUCGAAGUGAAAUUACUUCAUCAAGAUUUGAUUUCUCGUCUCAUUGGCCUUCAUCAACUACUUCUCUUGAAUUUCUAUCCAUACUUACAGCGAUAUCUUCAACCGCAUCAACGUCAAGUGACGAAAAUUCUCCUUUUUGUCGCUCAAGCAUCACACGAACUUGUCCCGCCAGAUAUUUUACAGAGUAUCUGCAGAACUAUCGCAAAUAAUUUCAUUACCGAGCGAAACUCCGGUGAAGUCAUGGCUGUCGGUAUGAACACCAUCCGUGAAGUUUGUGCCAAGUGCUAUUUAGCAAUGGAUGAAGAUCUUUUACACGACCUUUCGAAAUACAAAUCCUAUAGAGACAAGUCGGUUUCGGCAUCUGCUCGAUCCUUGAUUCAAGUUUUUCGCGAGAAAAAUCCGCACCUCCUCGAACGAAAAGAUCGAGGCAAACCGACGGAAUUUCAACGCGAUCUUGUUCCAUUAGCAUACGGGCAAGUCAACCCGAAAUCUUAUCUGGAAGGUGCUGAAACACUUGAAGAUGGUACUCAAGAAAAAGACGAACAAUCCGAUGAUGAAAAUGAAGACCAAAGCGAUGAAGAAGGCUGGAUGGAAGUAUCACACUCAGAAGACGAGGACGAAGUUGAAGAAGAGCAAGAACAGGAAGGUGAUCAAGAAGAAAAUAAGAUGGAAACACCGAUGACAGAAGAGGAACGUCGUGAACGUGCGACGUCCAUCAGUACACAACGUAUAUUGACUCAACGUGAUUUUGAACAGCUGAAAGUUCUUGAAGUGAAAAAACGACUCCAAGAUCGACGACGAAAUCGGCUUGAACAGUCGAUGUCGACAAGCAAAAAACGUAAAACUAUAUCUAUCGACACCGAUUCCGAUUCCGACGAUGAAAAUCGAGCAAAAGCCGGCCAAAACUCGGAAUUGAUCUCAUUGAGAGACAUCGAACGAGUUCAUAAGAAGCGCGCACAUGAUAAAGAAUCUCGUUUGGAAACUGUUCUUGCUGGUCGAGAAGGACGUGAGAAAUUUGGUAAAUGGAAGAAGGAGAAAGGUCGAGUAGGUUCGACAAAUAAAGAAAAAUUGAAGAACAAAAACUUCCAAAUGCUUAAACCCAAAUUACGCAAGAAACAAAAACGAUCGUUUCGUGAUAAACAGAUCGCUCUGCGAGAUUCAUUAUUGAAAGACAAACGUCUCCGAUAA